GGCUGUCCGGUUGAGAAAAACGAGAACACUCAUAAACUGAAGCCUGCCUAUACUUUUUUGAUUUUUGUGUGUUUUCCAAUUCUCUCUCUUUCUUUCUCGCUGGUUUUCGUUUUCAAUUUCAUUCAGAGAGAAUGAAUGACUCCCACUCUCCUCCUCCUCCAUCAUCCACCCUGUCAACACACAUCAACAACAACCAUAAUUGAUUACCCAAACCAGAAACCCUUUUCUAUUUUAUCCCCCUUCCCUUCUUUCUCGAUUCCCUCCCAUAGUUGACUACUACUACUACUGCUGCUGCUGCUGCUGCUGCUGCUGUCUACUACCACCAGCACCAAGUAUCCCCAGAUACUUUUUUCACUCCCUUUUCAACCCCACACCACACCUUCUAAUCUUCCAUGUACCAUCCUAUCCCUCCUCCCACCUUUUCCCAAUCAAUUCUCUUUCCGUCCUUCCCCACCUCAAUUCUAGGGUUUUUCCAUUCUUCCUUCUUUUUAUUUCUAAACCCCCCCUUUUCCUCUUCACUUUUAAUUCGUUAGGUUACCCUCCCAUCACUCUGCUUUUCUAUCUCUCCCCCCUCUCUUCUUCCUCUGAUUCCCCGUAUAUUUCUUCUAAAUCUUCUCUCUCUUGUCCUUUUUCUCCCUACACCUCACGCACACACGCACAAUUCUUCCUUUCUCCUCUUUUGAUGUCUUAGGAACCAUCCAAUCUGAAUUUGUGUAUUCAUUGCGUGAUUGAUUUUCCUUCUUCCUUUUUGUUGUUGCUGUGUGUGCGUGUGGCGGAGAAUAGUGAUCGAUCGUUGUUAAUGGCAUACCAAGCGAUCCAGGUUCCGAGUUCGGGAUCGAGUUCGAGUUCGGGGUUUCAGUUAUUGAAUUCUCCGUUCGGAGACACCACCUACACCAAAGUCUUCGUCGGAGGAUUGGCCUGGGAGACUCAGAGCGAAACCAUGCGCCGCUACUUCGACCAGUUCGGCGAGAUUCUCGAGGCCGUCGUCAUCACCGAUAAGAACACCGGAAGAUCCAAGGGCUACGGUUUCGUGACUUUCCGGGAUCCCGAGGCUGCAAGGAGAGCGUGUGCCGAUCCAACUCCUGUUAUUGAUGGCAGAAGGGCCAAUUGUAAUUUGGCUUCACUUGGUCGACCACGGCCCCCUCUGCCUUAUGGACGGAUAAGACCUGCCUCCCCUUAUGUUGGAAGUUUGCAACCAGCUCGUGGUGCUUAUGUUGGGGGUUUUGGCUACCAGCAACAACCAGUUUCCUACAGCUAUCAACAAGGAUUGGUUUACCCUCCUUACGGGUAUACGACAUAUGGACCUGAGUACAUCUACCCACAGAGUCUGUACAACCCAUAUAUGGGGCAACAGUAUCUUCAGAUAUAUGGAGUGCCUGGGGCAGUGAAUACAACUGUUUAUCCUUAUGGACAAGUGGGUCAGGCUAUUCCUAGUGGUCAUGGUUAUUCAGCUAUACAGGGUUAUACAGUACCAGGUCAUCAGAUUGUGCCCUAUGGUGGAUCUAAUGUUAAUGCCAUAACAACUUCACCUAUGCCUGCCAUUCAAGCUUCAUAUCCUAGUGGAAUUGCUGCACCAGUUCCUGGCCAACCACAAUUUAUUGUUCCUGCUCAUUCUCCUCAGUUUAUGCAAGGUAGCGGUCCUGAUCAAACAGCUGGGUGAGGGGGCGAAUAAGGUAUCCAUAGUUUGCAGCAGGACUAAGAGCAGCGGAACUGCUACUUGAGUGGCGGGCUUCCAAUCUAGCCUUGCAAGUUAAUUAUUUUGCAUUCUAGAGGUCAUAUAUAGUCAUGCUCACCAAGUUGUGUCUGAGUCGCUCCAGAUGGCGAAGGAAACUGGAAUGUGCAGGCUGCUUUUCCAUUUGGACAUUUACACUAGUGUAUUUAUACCUAAUGCUACCUGUACUCAAGAAGAGUUGCAGUAGUAUUGGAUCGAUGGAUGCUGGAAUAGGUUUCUAGCAGCCAUUUUAGGAAUAAACUUCUGUAAAAAGGAAAAUCAUGUCUGAAUCAAAAUAUGAUUCUUUGUAGUCUUGUCCAGCAUUGAGUUUGUAGAUAGUUGUCAAUGUUGGUAAAUUGUGUGACGAUGGAUGGGCCAUCAUAUUGAAUGUGAUUUUUGUGCAUAGUAGUUGUCAGGGGUUCGUUCUACUAGAAGACAAGGGUGUAAUAUAAGAUUUUAAGAACCUGCCGAUUAUGCAGGGUAGAACCAUCAGUAUAUUCCAUUAGAGAGGAUUGCAGUGGUUCUUUAGUGUUAUUUUACCGUCAUUCAGCACGGAGUCACAUGUUCAACAUUUUCUUGAAUUAAUUUUCAACCUUUCGUCAUGGUGCCCUUUAUAA